AUGGACCAGGCAAAUCGCCGCCAAAAGCCAUCCAAGGCAGGCGAACAAGUCUUCAAGACGAAGUCUUGCAACAUUCCCAGCCUCACCGAGCUCCGCAAGUCGCUCGGUUACGGGCACAGGGGAGAAAAGCAAGACAUUGCCUUCAAGAAAGCUCUCACAACACAAGUCGAGACCUUCGUUUCCAAAGACAACUUGCCUGGUGUUAGCUUCACACAGUGGAAGACGCCUGCCCAUCAGAAAGGCCUCCGGGAGAUGACCAAAGAUUUCCUUGCCUUCAAACAGAAAGGUCCUGAAUUCUGGCCCGACGACCCCAACUCGUCAAACAAGCGGCCUCUCGAGUAUACGAGGGACUACGAACAGAUACAUCGCCUCUUGACAAAAGUGUUCUACCGCACAGUUCGGGAGCACAAGCGAAAACAAUCGACAACCCCAACUACCAAAGAGUCGGACCGGAGACUCAAGACUACCUCCAUGAAGCAAUCUGAUCCAAGCAAGAACUCGAGCGAACAGUCUUCCCGACAGGCCUACCGAGGCUCCAGGGGCCAGAGCGCUGACGAUCCCAUUGAGCUCGACAACAUGCAGUCUACCACUAAUGCCUCUGCGCCAUCCGCGGAUGUCGACCCGUUUGCAGGGACCUCCCUAAUGUUCACCUUCAGGCAAUUUAUGCCACUUGAAGGAAUGCCAGAUGGCAUCCCGCCUACUGACGAGCCUGACGAGCCUACCGAUCGGGUAUGGGAGAUACGGGAUGACUAUCUCGACCCCCAAGUCCCUCGAGAUGGCAAUCCAACUUCGAGUAUCCCUUCCCAGGCUGCACCUGAAGAUCCGUAUCAAGUGCCCAACAGCCCAGCACAGGAGACUCAAGUUCCUCGAGAUCGCGGUAAACGGCCAGCACACCCAUACUCGAUUCAAGAUGUUCGCCCAGCCAAAGCCCCCCGACGAGAACAAGACGAUGGAGAAGUUGUUGAAUCAUCGACCAGUAACGCGCCUCCCAAUAACCCCUCCGUCAGCGUGCCUUCUGCCAGUAGCUCUUCCGCCAACUUGGCCUCUACCAGUAACUCGUCUUCCAGCUUUGCUCCCACCAGCGUCUCUUCGCAGGAGGAUCCGCCUGCUGAUCGCCGUCUUGCUGCGCCUGUCAAGAAAAGGACAUACAUUCGCCAAAAGUAUCAAAAGACCCGAACCUCGGCUCGGCACCCGAAGCCAGUCCAGCGUCCAGAUUUCGCCCGCGAGGAGACCAUGGAGAGAGUUAUUCCCAACUCACCUCCUUCUUCCUCUUCUUCGGAAGAAGAAGACAAUGUCGAGGAGCACAGAGCCCGAGAUCCGCCACAUCGUACGGCCACUGUCUCCAACGACACGUCUCGUCAGGAAGAUCCCUCCACCACUGCACCUCGCCAUAACACUGCGGCAACAGCAGCAGAGCAGCCGUCGUCACAGGCCCGUCAAAUGGGCUCCAAGAAACAGGCCUCUGCCAAGAAAGGCUCCAUGGGUCCUCCCAGAGCGCCUGUGCCUCGGCCUGCAUCCAGCACGAGGCGUGGCCCGGUGCAGGAAUCCCCGGCCGGACCCAGCACGAAGAGAAACUCUGCGCGGCGACAGGCAAAUGGCAGCUCAACAUCCAACACGGGAACUCGUCAGCCUCAAACCAGCCACCCUCAAACUAGUCAACCCCAGAUGAAUGAGCCCCAGACUGAACAGAACCAGCCAUCUCCUAACAACAAUAUGCUAAGUGCAGAAGAGAGGCAAAUCAUAGAUGCAUCAUCCGUGCUCUUCUGGAGAAAUGGUGACGAAGGGUUCGAAUCCUGGACGCCCACAGUCGACGUGUUCCAGAUGACCCUCUCCGAACUGAUGUCAGAUCUGGGUUGGAUAGGAGCCAAUGUCCAGCCCCUGUACAUGAGGCUUAAGGCGCCCAGGCCCUACAAACCGUGGGUGUAUGGCAUUGAGCCUGGCAACAAUGGCAAGUUCAACGACGUGAUGCACAGCUUUAUCGAUAAGAUGCAAAGUUGCUACGAGCAGGCCAAAAAGCCAAAGUUGAGAUUUGAGCUGCAGUUUAAUCAGGAGCCGGUGUUUAUUUAA